UUGAGUGCUAAGCCUGUGACAAGCACAAGAGUUUAGAAUCAGAGAGAGACGGUCACUAGUCAGAUCAUUCUUGUAAUGAAAGUUUAAUUAAUGGAGCUAAGUGGUCUGAGAGAAAAGUUUAGAGAGCACCAAGGGGCAGAAUCUUGUUUGUGAGUCAGGGAAAGUUUCCCAGAGGAAGUGAUGGCUAUUCCGAGAUCAGAUGAGACGAGAAAAAUACGUGGGCCACUGUAAAGACUUGGGUUUGAGCCUAAGAGCACUAUGCAGUUGCUGAAGGGGUUAACCAGGGAAAGAAUGUAACCAGAUCUCCAAUCUAGAAAGAGUCCCUUCACUGCAAGGUAAAGGAUAGCCUGGGGGUGGUGGGUAGGGGCAGGAAGCUUGGGGAAGGCAGAGAGGACAGUGCAGUAUCCAGGAGAGGAUGCUAGCUGAGGCUAAAGCGGUAGGAGAAAAAUGUGGAUAAAUUAAGGGUCAUUUGGGACAUGAAAUAAGGCUUGUCCAUGGGUAGAGCCCAGCAUGCUUCCAGGCCACUAGAUGAGCAGCCCCACAGCACCUGUCUCGUUAGAGGGAAGACACCAUCUGAGACAUGGUAGCUGGAAGGCUCAGUCACCAUGAUGGAGGACUGAGCUUUGGUCUUUCAAGUUUCAGAGAGGCAAAGGCAACAAAACAGAGGAGCUGAGAGAAGGACCAAAGGCAGCCAUGCCUGAUGCUGUUGGGAGGCCAGUAACAGAAGCCUGGCCAACGUGACAGGCUUACAGCUGAGGGACUUGAGGUUAGAACUGGGGUCAGGAUAGGCAAAGCUAAGGGGCACGGGCUGGAAGAGGCAAGAAUUGCUGAACAAUGGUCAGAGAGAGGGAUUUGUCCCUCUGUUCAGACUGAGGACUAGGGAGCAGGAUGGAGAGCCAAGCAAGGACACCUCCCCUUUGCCAAGCUGCCUAGGACCUGAAGUAAAGGAGAAGAUGCGCAAAUGUGACAGUCACGCUCUGAGGAAAGAUGAAAGUGAAAGAAGGAAGCGUCAGCCGCGAUGGGGGGAGGGGGGACGCUGACAGAGGACCUGGCUUUUGUCUUUCUCACUCUGAGCUGCCUGGGCCUCCUUGGCACCUCUUGGGGCUGCGGCAUUCCUGCCAUCACGCCGGUACUAAGUUUCCACCAGAGGAUUGUCAACGGGGAGAACGCAGUGCCAGGCUCCUGGCCCUGGCAGGUGUCCCUGCAGGACAGCAGUGGCUUCCACUUCUGUGGUGGUUCCCUCAUCAGCCAGUCCUGGGUGGUCACUGCUGCCCACUGCAAAGUCACCCCCGGCCGCCACUUUGUUGUCCUGGGUGAGUACGACCGAUCAUCCAAUUCUGAGCCUUUGCAGGUUCUGUCCAUUUCAAAGGCCAUCACGCACCCUUCCUGGAACCCUACCACCCUAAACAAUGACCUGACGCUACUGAAACUCGCCUCCCCAGCCCAGUACACGAAACUCAUCACACCAGUCUGCCUGGCCUCCCCAAAUGAGGCACUGACUGCAGGCCUCACGUGCGCUACCACUGGCUGGGGACGCCUCAGCGGCGUGGGCAAUGUGACCCCAGCGCGCUUGCAGCAGGUGGCUCUGCCCCUGGUCACUGUGAAUCAGUGCAGGCAGUACUGGGGCUCACGUAUCACCGACUCCAUGAUCUGUGCAGGCGGCUCAGGGGCCUCCUCGUGCCAGGGAGACUCUGGAGGACCUCUUGUUUGCCAGAAAGGGAACACAUGGGUACUUAUUGGCGUUGUCUCCUGGGGCACCAGCAACUGCAAUGUGCAGAAGCCCGCCAUAUACACUCGGGUUAGCAAGUUCAGCAACUGGAUCAACCAAAUCAUAGCCUACAACUGAGCUUACCACAGGCCUUCUCCCCAUCUCAAUCCAAUAAA